CCGGGCGACUGCGGACAGCUGGUGAGGGUUCACCUGCCGCAGGUUCUCCGGUCGGACGGGGACGAACGAGGACCCACCCAGGGCUGUGCUCUGCAGGGAAGAUGCUGCGCGAGCGGACCGUGCGGCUGCAGUACGGGAGCCGCGUCGAGGCGGUGUACGUGCUGGGCACGCACCUCUGGACCGAUGUCUACAGCGCGGCCCCAGCGGGGGCCCAAACCUUCAGCCUGAAGCACUCAGAGCACGUGCGAGUGGAGGUGGUGCGCGACGGGCAGGCGGAGGAGGUGGCCACCAACGGCAAACAGCGCUGGCCUCUCUCUCCCAGCACCACGCUGCGGCUCACCAUGAACCAGGCGAGCAGCGAGGCCAGCAGCGACAAGGUCACCGUCAACUACUAUGAGGAAGAAGGAAUCACCCCCAUCGACCAGGCCGGGCUCUUCCUCACGGCUAUUGAGAUCUCCCUGGAUGUGGAUGCAGACCGAGACGGCGUGGUGGAGAAGAACAACCCAAAAAAGGCAUCCUGGACCUGGGGCCCUGAGGGCCAGGGGGCCAUCCUGCUGGUGAACUGUGACCGAGACACACCCUGGUUGUCCAAGGAGGACUGCAGUGAUGAGAAGGUCUACAGCAAGGAAGACCUCAAAGACAUGUCCCAGAUGAUCCUGCGGACCAAAGGCCCGGACCGCCUCCCCGCCGGAUAUGAGAUUGUUCUCUACAUUUCCAUGUCGGACUCGGACAAAGUGGGCGUCUUCUACGUGGAGAACCCGUUUUUCGGCCAGCGCUACAUCCACAUCCUGGGCCGGCAGAAGCUCUACCACGUGGUCAAGUACACAGGCGGCUCCGCGGAGCUGCUGUUCUUCGUGGAAGGGCUGCGUUUUCCCGACGAGAGCUUCUUGGGCCUGGUCUCCAUCCACGUCAGCCUGCUGGAGUAUAUGGCAGAGGAGAUCCCCCUGACACCCAUCUUCACGGACACCGUGACAUUCCGGGUUGCUCCCUGGAUCAUGACCCCCAAUAUCCUGCCUCCCGUGUCGGUGUUUGUAUGCUGCAUGAAGGACAAUUACCUGUUCCUGAAGGAGGUGAAGAACCUGGUUGAGAAAACCAACUGUGAACUGAAGGUCUGUUUCCAGUACAUGAACCGAGGCGACCGUUGGAUCCAGGAUGAAAUCGAGUUUGGCUACAUCGAGGCCCCCCACAAAGGCUUUCCCGUGGUGCUGGACUCCCCCAGGGAUGGGAGCCUGAAGGACUUUCCAGUGAAGCAGCUCCUGGGCCCAGAUUUUGGCUACGUGACCCGGGAGCCCCUUUUUGAGCCUGUCACCAGCCUUGAUUCCUUUGGGAACCUGGAGGUCAGUCCCCCAGUGACCGUGAACGGCAAGACAUAUCCCCUGGGACGGAUCCUCAUCGGGAGCAGCUUUCCUCUGUCUGGUGGUCGGAGGAUGACCAAGGUGGUAAGGGACUUCCUGCAGGCCCAGCAGGUGCAGGCACCCGUGGAGCUCUACUCGGAUUGGCUGACCGUGGGCCACGUGGAUGAAUUCAUGACCUUCGUUCCCAUCCCAGGGACAAAGAAAUUCCGGAUGCUCAUGGCCAGCACCUCGGCCUGCUACAAGCUCUUCCGAGAGAAGCAGAAAGAGGGCCAUGGGGAGGCCAUCAUGUUCAAAGGCCUGGGCGGGAUGAGCAGCAAGCGAAUCACUAUCAACAAGAUUCUGUCCAAUGAGAGCCUCGUGCAGGAGAACCAGUAUUUCCAGCGCUGCCUGGACUGGAACCGGGACAUCCUCAAGAAGGAGCUGGGGCUGACGGAGCAGGACAUCAUCGACCUGCCUGCCCUGUUCAAGAUGGAUGAUAACCGCCAGGCCAGAGCCUUCUUCCCAAACAUGGUGAACAUGAUCGUGCUGGACAAGGACCUGGGCAUCCCCAAGCCGUUCGGGCCCCAGGUGGAGGAGGAGUGCUGCCUGGAGACGCACGUGCGCUCCCUGCUGGAGCCCCUGGGCCUCUGCUGCACCUUCGUGGACGACAUCUCCGCCUACCACAAGUUUCUGGGCGAGGUGCACUGCGGCACCAACGUCCGCAGGAAGCCCUUCCCCUUCAAGUGGUGGCACAUGGUGCCCUGACCUGCUGGGGGCUGUCGUGUGCCGGUCGCAGCCCAUCAACAACCGAGGUUGUAGCUGGACCAGCCCUUGUGGUUAUUGUGAUUGCAAGCUACCCUUCAGCAAUAACUAGCAGGAAACUUGGGGUGGAGGAGAAAGUUUAUGACUUACAGGACCUGGCACACCUGGGGCCACACAGUGAGGUCGUGGGGAGAGGGAGAGUGAAUGCGCAGGACUGGGGUUCUGCUUUGGGGAGGGCUUGAGGGUGGGGGCCUAGAGUUUGGGGGUUCACUCUUUAUUGGUGAAUUUUUUUUUUUUGGUCUUUUUAGGGCCACAUCUGUAGCAUAUGGAGGUUCCCAGGCUAGAGGUAGAAUCACCUUAACCCACUGAUGGAGGCCAGGGAUCUAACCCACGUCCUUGUAGAUACUAGUCAGGUUUGUUCACUGCUGAGCCCUGAUGGAAAGGCCUGUUGGUGAAUUUAAAACAUAAGAGCGGGAAUUUAAAACGUGGGAAGAGAAAAAAAAAACAAAUGGCCUGAAUGGUCAGUUAUCAAAAUCCACCAAGAUCUCUUAAAAGAAAGGAGCCUCAGUGGGUGGAGGCAGCCUGGCUCUUUAUCUGGUGGCGCGGCUGGCAGUGUUUACUCGAGAUACCCGAGAUACCCAUCCUUGAAGUGGAAGCGGUCAAAGCUGAGUCAGGCACCUACAUUGCAAAAGGACAAAACCCACUGUCGGGGCUCACACUGUGGGGGCCUGGGUGCCCCCUUCCUUCCCUGAGUUCCCCACCCUUUGCACCCCCAGAGCUUCCUGACAUGGCCCCCACUGAGAGACCUUCUGGAAGUGGGAGGAAGUGGGGUAUCUGUGCCUUGCCCUCCCUCAAAAGGGCCUCAGCAUCCCCGAAGUCACCCCAGUGAGCCUCAACACUGCACUGUCCUUCCUGAAAAUAGCUGGACAUUUGGCCAGUAUCCGUAUAGCCCUGACGUGAAACAGAGAACAAGACAAAACCCCACACACCCAAAGCUUUCCCCAAAGAAUCCUUAGUCUCUUGUCCCAAAAUUGAAUGGGGGGAGAAGGGAAGGGGUUCUGGGAUGACCAGUUCUCCCAGCAGCCGUGCCCUGAGGGUCAAGGUAAACAGGAGGGAAAGGGACUCUGGGACCCAGGUGUACCUUGAGCGGCUGUCAUCCUUUGAAAUUUGCCUCCUUUGCAGUGGCCAGGUGGCCGCCCCCAAUUACUCAUUCCUUACCAGCCCCCCUCAAAUCCCCUUGGCUUUCUCUCUGCUGUGUGGACACCAUUGGCUAGCCUCCUCCUUCCCUGAGGGUCCAAUAGUCAAGCUUAGAAGCUUCCCUGGAAGCAUAUUUUAUCCGAGCAGCCUUGUCUGUUUUCAGGAGGCUCCCUAUGCCUCAUCAUUCUCAUGGACCCAGGCUCUCCCAGAUGCUUGGCGCUUUGUCCCCACGCCAGCAUCCUUGUGGCCUGGAGUUUAGUGUGUAAAGAUGCUCCAGGGUGAGUCUUAGGCAGCUUUGCUUGCUGGGCUCUCCAUUCUCUGCCAGUCCCAGACCUCUCUCCUCCCAUGGCUUCCACUUCCUAUUCUGAUGCCGUCUCUCCAGGCAGCUAGAGGAGGUCUUCUUCCCCACCAGCCAGGCUCAGACCUUCUCCCAGGACACAAUUGAAGAUCCGCCCCCUCCGCUCCAAAUGUCAGACUCAACACAUAAGGACCCUGUCCUAGCCUCCAGCUCAAGCAGCCAGUUCUGGGCUAGCUGCUGGCUUUCGAGAUGGCUCGAUCAUCCCACUGAAAUUCACCAGUGCAGUGCAUUUGCUGAAGACGCCCUCAUUUAGACAUAAUCAGAUUCACUCCCUGGCUCCAACUGAAAAGACUCAGUUUCAGCUAAAAAAAAAAAAUGUUCCUGUAGGGCCAGCUGACUUAGGAGAAUAAGUGAGUUGUAAUUCCACUUUGAGGGUUAAAAAGGAACUGAUUUACAACCAAUGAAAAAGUUAUAAAUUUGUAUUCCUGGAGAAUGGGUUUUCUUCUUGGAUUAGUCAUUCAUUCAACAAACAUAUCUUGUGUGCCUACUCAGUACCAGGCACAGUGGUGGGCUCUGAGGACACAGCGCUUAGUAGCAAACAGCAUCUGGUCCUUGCCGCGUAGAGUUGGUCAUUCCCCAACCUGCAAUGCUCACAUUUAAUGGCCAGCAUUUGCUCUUUCACUGCUGUGCUCUUUAGAAGUGUCAAUCCGCUUUAUUCAAGAAAUGCACAGGGCACAGAGCUUCUAGCAAGCCACUCUCUUGGUGAAAUGAGAGGGGUGGGUCUUCUUUAAACAGGUGUCCUUCCCAUGCAGCUGGGCCAGACCACCCAACAGAUCAGACCCCAGAGCCAUCAGAAGCUGUUGUUCCCCCCUUUGGGGGCAGUGGUUCCUGCCUUUGGGAGCCAAAGCCCCAGAUCUCUCCAACCCCAGAGCUCAAGACACCAAGUGCCUAUUUCUAGGUGUUUACCUGGAUUAAGAGUUUGUCGUGUGUGUGUGUGUGUUUGCUUAACAUGGUGGUUUGGGCUUUCUUUCAUUUUUUUUCUAGUUUACCCUAAGGGGAAGUGAGUGCUUCCCAUGUGGAGACAGUGUGUGUUUAUAGAUUUUUCUAAGGCUCUCCCCAUCAAUAAGUAAUUCCUGAUAGUUCUGGAGCCUCCAGGACUGAGGCACCCAUUCCCAUCUUGCUUGCCCACUUGUGUGACUACCCUUGGCGUGGAUAUGCCCCCCAACUCCCCCUGUACUCAUCACUCUGCCCCACCCACCCCUUUCUAUAACUGGAGGCCUAGAAUACACUUCUGUGUUGCAAAACUCAGCCAAGUUCCUGUUUCGAUCGUUAUUGGGAAGUAUUUUGUAUAAGAGGGCAGGGGAUGUCACGAAGAUGGCAAAAAGCGGAGCACAGUUUCAGCUUUCUGGACAAGAGGCCAAGGCUGGAGAUCAAAAGAUGUUUGGGGAAGAGCCUGAUGAGACAGCAAUAAAAAUAAAUGGUCAGAGAGGAA